ACCCCCAAAUCCCCAAUUUGGUAAAUCAAUUAAUUUCGCUGAGUUCGUUCCUGACUUCCUGCGGCUCCGAUUUUGCGAGACGGUCAGACUGCGUUCCUGCGACGAACGGACGACUAGCGGCGAGCGACCGGCGAGGAGGCAAACGGGCAGUGUCGCAGGAGCACUUUUAGUUCUAAUUUCUGUCCACCAUCAUUCUGUUGCGACCAUGUUAUAGAAGGUGUCCAAGGUAUGCCAUCAGAUACUGCAAAAGAAAAUGUAUCUGUAGUUGAAUCAUCAGGGACUGAAUGGAAAAAUGACAAAGGGAAUAUGGAUGAUCCAGGUAACGAUUACCAGGAAAUCCCAUGUGAUCAGAUUGGCAUUUCAGCUGCAGUUGGGAAUGGAAAGCUGUAUGGUACAAGAUAUUUCAUUAUCAAGAGUUUGAACCAUGAAAACCUUCAAUUGUCAGUAAAGAAAGGCAUUUGGGCAACACAAGUUAUGAAUGAGCAUAUUCUGGAGGAAGCCUUUCAUAAUUCAAAGAAGGUUAUUCUAAUAUUUAGUGUCAACAUGAGUGGUUUCUUCCAAGGAUAUGCACAAAUGACAUCAUCUGUUGGGAGACGUGACCAUGUCUGGAGCCAAGGAAGUGGUGGGCGCAAUCCUUGGGGUCGCAGUUUUAAUGUUAAAUGGCUGCGGUUGCAUGAUUUGCCUUUUCAAAAGACUCUUCAUCUGAAAAACCCAUGGAAUCAGUACAAACCUGUUAAAAUUAGUAGGGAUUGUCAGGAGUUGCAUCCAGAUGUUGGUGAAGCUCUAUGCGAGCUCCUUGAUGGAAAGGAUGUGUCUGAUGUUAAUUUCAAAGUGGACAAAUUCUUGAGGGAUGAUCUCUCUAGGCCUCAUAUAGAGCCUUCAGUUCAUUCAAGAGAUGAACAUUGUAAUAUGCCUCUGAUGCAUAUGGCUCCAAUGAUGUAUCCUGGUUUACUUUACCAGCAUCAAAUUGAUGCAAGUAGAUUCCAUGCAGAUGGUAUGUUUCUACCUGAGGACUUGUGUAUUACUUCUGGAGCCUCAAAAUGGAAGCAGUCUGGAUAUUCUCAGGGAAGCAGAAGCGUCACAAAUAUUCACGAGGGCCCAAAUCUUUCUUCUCGAUUUGAUGUUUUGGGCUUCUCAGGUGAAAGUCCUCUUGAUAGUACUCUCACUGAUGACGAUAUCCUAGACAUGACAUAUGAAGAGUACCUUGAAGCUCAUAGCAGAGGGAACAAAAGAGUACGCAACCAUGUCUCAGGACCAUCAGGGAGUACACAGCAGUCAUCUAUCAGCAAAGAAAAUUGUGAAGAGUCGCAGUCGGGCUGUAGUUCUAAGAAAAGGAGUUGCGAGCGCAAGUCUGACUGAUGAUUGUAUGCACCUUCGCAAGCAAGCAGGCAAUGGUUUGCCCUUUGAAUUUGGUGGCUUAGUAUUUUAUAUUUAGCUGCGAAGCAGCCUUAAAUUUGAACCUAUUCCUUUUAUUUUGCAAACCUCAAAAUUAGGGGUGAAUAUAUGGCACUGUUGUAUUAUAUUGUACUGUAUUGUUUUCAAAUUCUUACACCUUGUUGAAAUAUUUCAAUGGGUGGUUGAAUAUUUGUAUAGCUUCACUGCUUCACAACAGUCAUUCAUGUUUCUCUCUCUGUAUUGCUCUGUACAUAAAAACUAGUGCCCGCUUCCAAAA